AUGGGUCGCCGUCCCGCUCGCUGCUACCGCUACUGCAAGAACAAGCCGUACCCCAAGUCGCGUUUCUGCCGUGGUGUCCCCGACCCCAAGAUCCGCAUCUUCGACCUGGGCCGCAAGAAGGCUAACGUCGACGAGUUCCCGCUGUGCAUCCACCUGACCUCGGACGAGUACCAGCAGAUCUCGAGCGAGGCUCUUGAGGCUGCCCGCAUUAGCGCCAACAAGUACAUCACCAAGGUGUCGGGCAAGGACUCGUUCCACAUGCGCGUCCGCGUUCACCCGUUCCACGUCCUGCGUAUCAACAAGAUGCUUUCGUGCGCCGGUGCUGACCGUCUUCAGACCGGUAUGCGUGGUGCCUACGGUAAGCCGUACGGUACUGCCGCUCGUGUCAAUAUUGGCCAGGUCCUGAUCUCGGUCCGUACCAAGGACAACAACAAGGCUGUGGUCAUCGAGGCCCUGCGUCGCUGCAAGUACAAGUUCCCGGGUCGCCAGAAGAUCAUCAUCUCCAAGAAGUGGGGCUUCACCAAGCUGACCCGCGCCGAGUACGUUGAGGCCCGCCAGAACGGUCUGGUCAAGGCUGACGGCUGCUACGUCAAGUACCUGAACACCCGCGGCCCCCUGGAGGCCCACCUCAAGCACAUCGCCGCCUAA